UGCGCAUAGAGAAUCAUCAGCCAAACACAAAAGAUAUAGUUGCGAAACAAGCGAGUUACUUACAACCAGCUAAGGAGUAGAAAACACCUGAAGCCAUGUGCAUAGCUGCAUGGAUUUGGCAAGCUCACCCUGUGCACCAGCUCCUGCUCCUGCUCAACAGAGAUGAGUUCCACAGCAGGCCUACAAAGGCAGUAGGAUGGUGGGGAGAAGGCUCAAAGAAGAUUCUUGGAGGCAGGGAUGUGCUUGGUGGAGGAACAUGGAUGGGGUGCACCAAGGAUGGCAGGCUCGCAUUCCUGACCAAUGUGCUUGAGCCAGAUGCCAUGCCCGGCGCACGAACUAGGGGAGACCUGCCCCUCAGGUACCUGCAGAGCAACAAGAGCCCACUUGAAGUUGCAACUGAAGUGGCAGAAGAAGCUGAUGAAUACAAUGGCUUCAACCUCAUACUAGCUGAUCUAACCACAAAUAUUAUGGUCUAUGUGUCAAACCGGCCCAAGGGGCAGCCCACGACAAUUCAACUCGUCUCACCAGGACUCCAUGUGCUGUCCAAUGCAAGGCUAGAUAGCCCUUGGCAGAAGGCAAUUCGCCUUGGCAAAAACUUCAGGGAGCUUCUUAUGAAGCAUGGUGAUGAUGAGGUUGAAGUGAAGGAUAUAGUUGAGAGGCUAAUGACUGACACUACAAAGGCUGACAAAGAUACACUGCCAAACACUGGUUGUGAUCCCAACUGGGAGCAUGGUCUGAGCUCCAUUUUCAUCGAGGUGCAAACUGACCAAGGGCUCUAUGGGACACGAAGCACAGCAGUUUUAUCAGUGAACUAUGAUGGUGAAGCUAGCUUGUACGAGAAGUACCUCGAGAGUGGUAUAUGGAAGGAUCACACGGUGAAUUACCAGAUAGAUUAAGGGUCGAACUCGAAAAGCUGGCAGCCUCAAAUAAAUACAGAGAUGAAGCAGAUGCAAUUGUGAAUGUCAUUCUUUCCAUAAUCACCUUCACGGUGAUCUAAGAUCCCCAAAUGAUACCGAUUAAACUAUUUAUUGUAAGCAGAUUUGUGACUUGAAGGAAAAAAACUAUCAAUCAAAAGGUUGAUUUUUUAUUAAAAAGAUACAGACUUCAAGUCAGAUCAAUUUUCUUGGCCCUGUUUACUCCAGAUCUUAGCAAGCUAUUAAAUGUUGAGAGUUGUUGUACUAAAGGUUAAUCUGUAACCUAACUCAAUUGUAGAUGCUAGUACCUAUUUAAGGUACUGAAAUUAUAGAAUAUGCAUAAAGAAAUGCAUCCGGUGUACCUCA